AUGAAGUUUCUUGAUUGGUUUCUUCUUCUCUUGAUCAGUUCUCUUACCAUUCUGAGAUCAGUUGAAGCUCAAAACCAAGCAGGAUUCAUCAGCUUGGAUUGUGGAUUGGUGCCUACGAACACAACUUAUGUGGAGAAGACGAACAAUAUAACAUACAAAUCAGAUGCGGAUUACAUUGAUAGUGGAUUGGUGGGGAAGAUCAAUAAUGCUUACAAGACUCAGUUUCAGCAACAGCUUUGGGCCUUGAGAAGCUUCCCUGAGGGUCAAAGAAACUGUUACAACGUCAACGUCACAGCGAACAGCAAAUAUCUGAUCAGAGGGAGCUUUUUGUAUGGGAACUAUGACGGCCUGAAUCAACUCCCUAGCUUUGAUCUUCAUAUUGGUCCUAACAAAUGGUCUUCUGUUACAAUAGAAGGAGUAGCAAAUUUUUCAAUGACCGAGAUCAUCCAUGUCGUAAAGCAAGAACGUCUUCAAGUUUGUCUUGUUAAGACAGGACCAACAACACCGUUCAUCUCGUCUCUUGAACUUCGUCCGUUGCCUAACCAGAGUUACGUCACACUGCACAAACCGGAUCUUUGA